AAUUUAAAUCGGUUAAGUCAGAAAUACGAAGAAAAAGAAAAAAAAAAAAACAAAGUGAAAGUUGGGGCUUAUGAGCCAGCCACUACGAUUUUAAAUAAAAUUAAUUAAUAAAUUUGAAUAUAUAUAAAUAAAAGAAGAGAAGUUGAGCUGGCUCAAAAGAAAUUGUGGUGUGGCGAGUCAAGUUUAUAGGUAUAACGUGAGUCAAGUCAGUGUGAGCCACUCAGCUCGAGUUUUGGGUUUAGUAACGGUUCUAUUGAGUAUCUCACCCACCUACACAGACACAGACGGAGACAGAGCCGAGCCCCUCUCUCUCUUCGCUUCUUUUCUCUCUCUCUCUUACAUUUGGCGUCAAAAUUAGCCGUCAAGAAAGAAAAAAAAAAAAAAAGCAGAAGCCAAACAUCAAAUUGAAAGAUUAGAUCUUUCAACUCCAAACAGCGCAGCGGCUCUGCAAAUACUAUAAACAAAAGCUUUUCUCUUUAUAUUUCUUUUUGGGUUUUCUUUUAAUCUUAUUAUUAUUAUUAUUUAAAAAAAAAAGAUUAUUGUCUGUCUUUGCUCGGCUCAGAUCCGGCUUAGUUAGAUCUAAACCAGCCAAUUCUUUCUUUCUUUAUCUCUGAUCUCCCUCCAAUUUUCUCUUCUUUUUCUUUGGCUUCCGUGUUUGCUUUAGCUUCUUGAAAAUUUCAGUCAUUUGGGUUGGGAUAUUUGGUUUUUGCUUCUCUUGACUUGAUGAAUGCUUUAGCUCUCAGCAAAUAGAGAGUCAUAAAAAAAUUAAAAAAAAUAGCUCCCAAUUCGAGUGAUCGAUAGUUAGCUGACAUUACUAGCCUAACCAAAUACCUUAACUUUCCUGAUUUGCAUCUUCAUUUUCUUUAUUCUAAUGUUUCAGAUGCUUGUUUUUAGAAUUGGCACUUGAAACUCAUAUAGAACUUGAUUUGUAUUCGGGUCGCGGUUUCAUUUUUCUCAUGAUUAUUAGGCCUAAACAGUAAGUGGGAGACCUGCAAACCAAAUGGACUGGACUGUUAAUAACGCUUUUAAAACUUAUAAAGUUGACUGUAAAAGAUUAUUACUUGUUGGAAUAGACAUGGAGCCCAAAUCAGUGAUGGACAUGGCAAUCAUUCAAAGUGUUGAUCCCAUAGAUAUUGGAUUAGGCUCUUCGGAGAAGGGAAAUGCUGUUGUCCCAACAAAAAGAAAAAAGACGAUGACAUCAGUUUAUCUGAAGUAUUUUGAGACUGCGGCUGAUGGAAAGAGUCGGAGGUGCAAGUUUUGCGGACAGAGCUAUUCUAUUGCCACUGCCACAGGUAAUUUGGGAAGGCACCUCAGUAAUCGACAUCCAGGAUAUGACAAGUCUGGAGAUUCUGUCACAAGUUCCACACCACAGCCCAUCACUGUGAUAAAAAAAGCUCAAUCUCAGGCUCAGGGGAAAGCACAGGUUGAUUAUGAUCAUCUGAAUUGGUUGCUCAUUAAGUGGCUAAUCUUAGCUUCUCUUCCUCCUUCAACCUUGGAGGAAAAGUGGUUGGCAAACUCAUUUAAAUUUCUGAAUCCAUCAAUACAACUCUGGCCAGGUGACAAGUACAAAGCAGUAUUUCGUGAAGUUUUCAGAAGCAUGCGGGAAGAUGUGAGGGCAUCUUUGGAUCAGGUUUCUUCUAAGGUCUCAAUUGUUUUAGAUUUCUGGAAUUCCUAUGACCAAAUCUUCUAUAUGAGUGUCACAUGUCAAUGGAUAGAUGAAAACUGGUCCUUUCAGAAAAUGCUUCUUGACAUAUGUCAUAUACCCUUUCCUUGUGGGGGUUCCGAGAUCUACCAUUGUCUAAUAAAGGUUCUUAAGAUGUACAAUCUAGAGAGUAGAGUCCUCUCUUGUACCCACGAUAACAGCCAGAAUGCCAUUCAUGCUUGCCACACCCUGAAAGAGGAUUUAGAUGGACAGAAAGUAGGACCAUUCUGCUAUAUUCCUUGUGCAGCUCGUGCUUUGAAUUUGAUUAUAGAUGAUGGUUUAAGAACCACAAAACCAGUUAUCUCUAAGAUUAGGGAGUUUGUGCUAGAGUUAAAUUCCUCAGUAGAGAUGACAGAAGAUUUUCUUCAAUUAACAACAGCUUAUCAGGAAGGAAGCUGGAAAUUUCCACUUGAAACAUCAACGCGGUGGAGUGGUAAUUACCAAAUGCUUGAUCUUGUGCGCAAGGCUGGUAAGUCUAUUGAUGGUGUCAUAAGAAAGAAUGAGGAGACGUUAGGUAGCAGGUUGUUGCUGAGCUCUGCAGAAAAGAAUGCAGUUGGUGUUGUGCAUGGGUAUUUGGAGCCUUUUUACAAAACCACCAAUAACAUAUGCACGAACAAGUUGCUUACCAUCGGAUUGGUUCUCUUCUUUAUGGAUCAUAUUUCCGAGAUGAUCACCAUAUGCAGAGAGGCCCGUCACAGUCCAGAUUGGCUUAGAAGUGCUGCAGAAGAAAUGGCAAAGAAGGCUAGGAGUUACAACAGUCAGGUUUGCAACGUAUUCACCUACAUGACUGCAAUUUUGGAUCCUCGAAUCAAAAGUGAGCUUAUACCAGAGAGCCUUAGCACAGAAAAUUAUCUAGAUGAAGCCAGAAACCACUUCAUAAGAAAUUAUUCUUCAAGCCAUUUUUCAUCCAUGACGAGUGGGUAUAGUCAAGAGAUUGAAGAUGGAAGCAGUGUUUCUUUUGCAGAGGAGAUAGCUAGAAAAAAGCGGAGAGCAACCAUGAGUAAUGCUACUGAUGAGCUGACUCAGUACUUAUCAGAGCCACCUGCUCCGAUACCAACAGAUGUUCUAGAGUGGUGGAAGGUCAACAGUGCACGUUACCCGCGGCUUUCUGUAAUGGCUAAGGAUUUUUUGUCUGUGCAGCCAACUUCAGUGGCACCUGAAGAACUUUUUUGUAGUAAAGGUGAUGAGAUUGAUAAACAGCGGUUUUGUAUGUCACAUGAUAAUGCACAAGCUAUUCUUUGUAUUAGGUCAUGGACUCAAGGAGGGAUCAAGUUGAAGUAUAAGUCUACAGAGAUAGAUUAUGAGAGGUUGAUGGAGUUGGCAGUUGCUUCUGCAGCAGAUAACAGCAUUUCUGGGUCUGACAAAAAACAAAAAUGACAACAGAGACAUUUGAAGAAUGGAAAACACUAAUUGUGAUUAGUGAAUGGAAGCGAAGGUUGGUGGGAGUAAUUGAGGUUGCUUCCUGCUCAAUCCAAGAUUUAGCUUAACACUUUGCAAGAAGAAACUGGUUUUGGAUACUUUCUUCUGAAUGUUGUACCCUAUCAAAUAUCUUGUAUUUAUGUACAGCUCAAAAUUCUGAGAAUGCUGACGAGAGAGAGGCUAACAGAUAAGUCAUAUGUGAUAAUGUAAACGUACAAUUAAUGUGCUCAGGAGUCAUCAUAUUAGACAGUUUAACACAUCAUAUGGCCGGUAUUUUGCCAGGCCUGUGUUUAUUUAAAUGCAUUUUUUACGCAAAUUGAUUUGGUGAA